CAGGCUGUCCAGCGAAACAUGUUGGACAGACAACACGUUAUUUACAUUUAUAUGAGCGUCUGCGUCUUUGUCGCUUGACAGUCUGACAUUUGAGAGAUGUCGUUCUUCUUCGGUUGAAUUCCUGAGCUCUUCGUUAUAUUUGUGCCAUGGUAUCCACGUUUAAAUAGGUAGAGAAUCAGAGGCAUGCUAACUAGUUGAAGCUAGCUGGAUCUUUACGAUUGAUUUCCUUUCGCGAGACAAUGUUGACUGAAUUGUUGCAAGGCACUGAAGCUGGAGGGUUUCUCAUAAUUCAAGAUUCUGCUAGUUAUUCUGGUAGACAUCUCCUGAAGAGCUUCAUCAAUGCUGCAUUAAACAGGGAAGAAGCUGUCCAUGUCCUUGGCUUUGAGGUCAGUGAAGAAGAGCUGACAGAGGGACUGAUAGGAUCACCUGUUCAGAGGUUACACUUUCACAAUGCCUAUUCAGACCCCCUUGGCUGGACUGAUCAACCAGGUUUCACAGUUCACCAGUUCUGUUUGGAGGAACUGACACGCCUGGUCAAGCAAACAUCACACCCCAAACCAGCUACCUUAGUGAUUGACUCUCUUUCAUGGAUAUUGAGACACGUCGGUGCCCCUGCUGUCUGCAAGACUCUUCAGCAACUUCGAAAAGGGGGGGCUGUCAGAGCUAUUAUGGGUCUGCUCCAUGUGGAUAUGCAUCAGAGGGGUACUGUGGGAAAUGUAUGCCACUUGGCCACUUCGGUCAUCACUGUAGCACCUGGGACGAAGGGAGACGAAGCUGUGGCAAAGAUAACAAAGCGCUCAAAAUCGGGGAAAGUUGUGCAAGACGAGGAGUUUUUCAGCAUCAAAACUGAUCUCACAGUCGUAAUACAGAGCAUGUCCAGCCAACUUGGACACAAGCAGGCGGACCCUGAGGAAUCAGAGACGGACCCAACCGCUAACUUAACCUUCAACCUACGACUAUCGAAUACAGAGCGUGAGGCCAAACAGAAACUUGCACUGCCCUUUGUCUUCAGCAAAGAGAAGAAAACAGCUCUGCUCCACUCAAGCCCAGGUUCAGGACGAAUUCUGUAUGAACCGGAUGCUAACGAUGACUACGACCAGGAGGAUCCUGAUGAUGAUCUUGAUGUGUAGGCUUCGGCACGAAACCCACUGAAGGCACAGAGGCUCCUCGUUUCAUGUCCUCCUUGCUUUUCGUGCCACUGAGUCGUUUUCAGUCGUGAAGAUUGAAAUAUUGCGGCCAUCUCAUGGAGUUUUGAAGAAAGAAUAUAAUGUAAAAUAUUUCUGUAAGAAAUCUGUAUGCUGUUUAUAAAAUGGUUUUAUCCAAA